CCAUUCACAAAUCAAAAGUCAUCUAGGCAGCAGAAACCCGGAGAUUUAUGAGAACACUAUUUUUUGUUUAGCAGUUUUGGUUCUUUCUCGUUCCCAAUGAUCUGCUUCUGAUAUCACAAAUUAAUUUUACUAGAUUCCCUGUAACAUUGAUGGGCGAAAUUUGGUUGGGUACUGAGUCUGGUGCAUACCCGGCAGACGCACGCAGCUGGUCACAGCGUAUGGAUUAGUAGAGGAGUAAGUAACUACGCUGUGACUCACUACACGACUUAGUACGUCCACCAUCUAUACGAGUACUUCAUACUUCCGCGCUUCGUCAUCCAUCAAGUUUGUCUUUACGCUCGUUGUAUUGCACAUUCUUGACUUCAAAGGACUGAUCAGGAUUGCCUUGGAGGAUUACAGAGGGGUACUUUCAAGAGUAGACAAUCCCAGGCUCGUUGACAUGCCGUCUCACAAUACGAACCCUUCCCGCGAUGGAAGACCAAGUCGUUCAGGAACUACACCAGCGGAACGUGAUGAUUUCCUUUGCAAAGUUAAAUAUCUGAACCGACUCCCCGAUAUUCCUGCGGAUCCAAAAUUUCUUGCAUACAGUGUGGACUUGAGCCCUUACGUGCGCUAUGUGGCUACAUCCUUGGAGAAAGAGUACAGAAGAGAUAUUAAUUGCGACACGGACAUGGGCAUGAAGCUGAAUCUGCUUACUCCGCCACCCCAAAUUAGGCCCGAAGUCCUGGAUGAGAAAGGGAGAGCGAUUGAUCAGUUGUUGUGCCAGGAUGAUGCUCUGUCGGAGACCAGCGCACAGAAACCACAGAGAAUGGACCACGGACGACAUGUCGCAUGGCUGCGCAAAACACAGCUGAUCCUGAAUGACUUUGCUCCGAAUCGAGCCGAGGGAUCAGGAGAGAAAUAUCGACCGGUGGUGCAUCACCUCCCAGCGGAAGCCGUUCAGCGAACUCGCCAGAAACGAAUUGACGCCAUUCAGGAGACUUUCGACAACGCAAUCGGCAAGCCGAAAAGACAUCCUACCAAACCAAACCUUACGGUUGUCGAAGAAAUUCCACUUCUUCCAAAUUUUGAUCUUGUGAAAUUCCCUACCGUAAUCGUAACGUUCGAGAGUGAUCCUGCGCCAUCAACGGCCCAUAUUCCGCACUUUACUCCGGACGAAGUUAUGGCAAAUGCAAUGUUGCGUGGAAUGACGGAUGCACAAGGUAACCAGGUUGUCGCUUACUUUUUGCCCACGGAAGAGACACUUCAGAAGCUUGAUAAAGAAAGAUCUGGGGACGACAGUGAAGAGUAUAUUUACAAGCUGCAUCGGGAAUUCUCCUUGCCAGUGGAUGACCGACGGGGCCGGUUUGAAGAGCCAGUUUUUGCUUUGAACUUACGAGAAAAUGCAGCAUUGUACACCGAUCUGGAUACAAAGGUUCGCUUGAUACGAAGAAUGCGUGGAAGUAAGAAAUCCAAAUCCCGGCUAGUUGUUCGAUUCCGACAACUUACGCUAGCAGAACUUGACGAAAGAAAAACUCGCAUGGAAGCUUUCGAAAUGGGUCCGCCUGAAGAAGACGAAGAGAUUAGACGAAAUGUUUCCCCGAUUCCUGAGAGAGAAGGAUCGGAAGCGUCUUCAGCCGAUGAAAGAGUUCAGCAAGAAGACGAGGGCCCAACUGACGAGGAACCGGAAACAGAGUCGAAAGCCAACACUAAACAGGAAAGAGCCUCUAGAAGUCCCAGUCCAUCAUCGAAAUCUUCUAGGAGCAGCAGUCCAGCUUCUGACACAGAACACGUCGAUCAGUCAUCGAAAACGGCGACAAAUGCUGAACUCUUUGGCUCCGAUAGCGAAGACAGCUCAUAGUACUGAGACGGCUGUUAAAAUUGUCCUGUCGUUACUGACCACUAUGACCAGUACUCGUUUUGUUUUGGACGGGUUUUCAUGCGGAUAAUAUAACGUGGAGACAUCCAAUGGGAUUAAUACAUGGUAAUCCGUCCUUCAGUCUCUUCUCUGUCAUGUAAUUAUGUGACCGAAGCCUGUAUCGCGUCCCAAAUGACGCGUAGCAAAUCAGUGAUUCUUCUGAAUAGUGGAACCAAAAAAUUUAAUCACUGAUCAUAUCGGUAACAGUUCGAUUUUAA